GAAGCUGAAACGACCCGAAGUUUUUGACGCUCAAGCCUCAACAAUGGCGGAACCGCCGGACACUCUCAUCGAAGAGAGAGAAGAGCUCAUGGUUUCACCCAGCGGUGGAGACCCAACUCUCAGAAUUGCCCACUUUCUCAAACCCUCCGUUGAUGGAUCAGUUCCAGAGCUCCUUCCACAAUUUCUCUCCGCGUCAGGAAUUUCCCUUUCCGAGCCCCGAAAAUAUCAUCCGAAGGUGGAUUUCAAUGGGUGGCGCCUCCAGCCGAGGAAAUGGGAAAUAUGGGUAGACCGCAUGUGUUCUCUGCACCAAUCGACCUGGAAAAGAGCCGCCAUUUACGAAGCAAUUUUGGGUUCUAAUUGCGAUAUCCUGAGAUGCGACGAUUUGGUUUUUGGGGUUGCAGAGAAGUGGUGCCCUCUGACCAAUACCUUUGUCUUUCCUUGGGGAGAAGCCACCAUUACCCUCGAAGACGUCAUCGUUUUGGGGGGAUACUCUGUUUUGGGCGACCCUGUUUCGAGAACCACGGAAUUCGAGGAAAUAGAGAGAAAGUUGAUCGAAGCAAGGAGAGAAUUGUUAAGAUCUAGAUCUAAGAAGGCCACUCAGAGUGGAUGGUUAAAGCUCUUCACCGAGAGGGAGAGAGAAUUCGAGCACGAGGCGUUCAUUUCUCUGUGGCUGUCAAGGUUUGUUUUUCCCGGAUUCCCAAAGGAUUCAGUUCCCGAAUAUGUCUUCCCAAUUGCAAUUCAUCUCGCGAGAGGCACCCGUCUUGCACUUGCACCUUUUGUUCUUGCAACCCUUUACAGAGAUUUGAGUUUGUUGAAAGGAAGCAUCAGUGAUGCUGCAAAGAGUGAUAGUGAUAAUUUUAGUUUAUCAGUUGCACUUUGGGCGCCAUUGCAGCUGGUUCAAGUUUGGGCCUGGGAGAGGUUUCCAAUAUUGCGUCCAAUGCCGAAUGCGAUCGAACGCGGGAAACCCAGAUUGGCAAGGUGGGAUAAAGUUACGCGGUCUGAAGUUGGGGAUGUGAGGUUGGCUCUGGAUUGUGCCAGAGAGAGUUUUCUGUGGAGGCCCUAUGCAACCAAGGUGAUGAAUUGGUCAUUGCCUGAGUUUUACAGAGAAAAGGAAGAGUGGGUGUUGAUUGAUGACAACUUGGAUGAAGAAUUGCAGUCUUUGUGUAGAUGCUUGAGGGUGUCCGAGCUGGUUGGACUAAACUCCAUAGAGCAGUACCUCCCUCAUAGAGUGGCUAUGCAGUUUGGGUUGGAUCAGGAUCUUCCAAUUCAUGUUACUCGAUUCAAUGACAGCCCUGAAAUCACUUGGACUAGUUACAGCAAGCUGGUUGGAGGUGCAAAGUUAUAUGUUCCCCCACGACUCUUCGAAUCAGAUGUUACUACUCGAUACUUAGAAUGGUGGAAGGGAUCGUUUGCAACUCAGAAUGUUGCAAACAAUGGCUUCAUGAGGCUGAACAUAAGUUUGAAUUGUCGGAAUAGGUCUCCUAUGAAAUCAAAGACGGUGAAAUUAGAGUAUCCCAUUGUUAAGGAAGAAACAGAUGACCAUACAGGUGUUUCUCCUGGCUUUUCCCCGGAAUCUAAGAUGGCAAAAGUAAAGUACUUCAUUGAUGAACAAAAAGAUGACCGUUUAGAUGUUCUUGGUGUAUCCCCAAAAUCUAAGGUGGCAAAAGUAAAGUGUUCCAUUGAUGAGCAAAAAGAUGACCUUCUAAAUGUUCCUGCUCGUUUCUCUCGAAAAUCUAAGAGGAUGGAAGCAGAGGAAUCUAUUGGGAAAAAUGAAUCGACACUUGUAGAAAAGUUGGACGACGAAGAGGGUCAUAUUAAGGAAGAUCGACUCACAGUUGCAGAACUUCUGAAAUAUAAUUACAGGCAUAAGCGCGUUGGAAAUGGACAGGGUGGCAAUAAACAUUCAGCAAGUGCUUGCUCUCCGAGCAGUUGGUUAUCUUCUUCUAGUAGACUUGCUAGAAGCGUUGCUAGGAGGACAAAGCCACUGAUGAAAUCAGUAGAAGAAAUUAUUAGGAGUGAAGUUGCAAUAGGGGGAGCAGAUAGUGCCGUGGAAGAUGCAUGUGAAGCAGACAAUUUGGUCCAUAAUAUUUUGAGUAAUAAUGGCAAAGAAGAAGAAAAUGGCAGCUGCAUUGUGCUUGAGAAACCAGGAUUGGAACUUGAAGCUCGGAUUAGCAAGCUUGAGAAAAUAGUUUCCAGCCUGAAAGCAAGAGCUUGCGAUAGGUUUGAGAGAAAUCUUCUCUGACAUUCUAGCUGAUCCAUAAAAGUUCCUCUCCAGUUUCCCGUUUUGUUGGAAACUUCAUCAUGUUUGACCCCUUUGAAGUUAAGAAUUUCUUGGUAGAAUUGUUGUACUUAUGGCUAAUGGGUUAUUUUCCACAAUGGCUGAUUGCAAGAUUAGGUAAGUCAUAUAUGUAAAUUAGGCCUGCAAUUAAUUUAU